GAAAAUGCAGAUUUAGCAUCAAGCACAGACACACACUAGCUCUUUCUCUCGGGUACACACAGCUCCGCACAUUCGCACCCCUGCCAGUCAGCCGGGCUGCGCGACUCCACGGCUUCCCUGGCAGCCAGCUGCUGGUGGACAGCGCACAGAUUUGCUGUUUGCCAAGCUUCUCUUCUGCCUCUUUUGCUACACAAAGAUUUUUUUAAAAAAGAAAAACAGAAACAAAAACUACAUACCUAUUUUUUAUUUGCAUCUUCCCUCUUCUUCCCCUGCUCCACCACCCUGCGCGCCUCGCAGCCCCACUUUUCACUCCCAAAGAAGGAUGGAGGGCGGUUGUGGAUCUCAGUGGAAGGCGGCCGGGCUUCUCUUCUGUGUCAUGGUUUUUGCGUCUGCCGAGAGACCGGUCUUCACGAAUCAUUUUCUUGUGGAGUUGCAUAAAGACGGAGAGGAAGAGGCUCGCCAAGUUGCAGCAGAACACGGAUUUGGAGUCCGAAAGCUCCCCUUUGCAGAAGGCCUGUACCACUUUUACCACAAUGGCCUUGCGAAGGCCAAAAGAAGACGCAGCCUACAUCACAAGCGGCAGCUGGAGAGAGACCCCAGGAUAAAGAUGGCCCUGCAGCAAGAAGGAUUUGACCGUAAAAAGAGAGGGUACAGAGACAUCAAUGAGAUUGACAUCAAUAUGAAUGAUCCUCUUUUUACAAAGCAAUGGUACCUGUUCAACACUGGGCAAGCUGACGGGACUCCUGGGCUAGACUUGAAUGUGGCCGAAGCCUGGGAGCUGGGAUACACAGGGAAAGGAGUGACCAUUGGAAUCAUGGACGAUGGAAUUGACUAUCUCCACCCAGACCUGGCCUACAACUAUAACUCUGAUGCAAGUUAUGACUUCAGCAGCAAUGACCCCUAUCCAUACCCUCGAUACACAGAUGACUGGUUCAACAGCCAUGGAACCAGGUGUGCAGGAGAAGUUUCCGCUGCAGCCAGCAACAAUAUCUGUGGAGUCGGUGUAGCAUACAACUCCAAGGUGGCAGGUAUCCGGAUGCUGGACCAGCCCUUUAUGACUGACAUCAUCGAGGCCUCCUCCAUCAGCCACAUGCCUCAACUGAUCGACAUCUACAGUGCAAGCUGGGGCCCCACAGACAACGGGAAGACAGUUGAUGGGCCCCGAGAGCUCACGCUCCAGGCCAUGGCUGAUGGUGUGAACAAGGGCCGUGGGGGCAAAGGCAGCAUCUAUGUGUGGGCCUCCGGGGACGGUGGCAGCUAUGAUGACUGCAACUGUGACGGCUAUGCGUCAAGCAUGUGGACCAUCUCCAUCAACUCGGCCAUCAACGACGGCAGGACCGCCUUGUAUGACGAGAGCUGCUCUUCCACCUUGGCCUCUACGUUCAGCAACGGGAGGAAGAGGAAUCCCGAGGCCGGUGUGGCUACCACAGACUUGUAUGGCAACUGUACUCUGAGGCAUUCUGGGACAUCUGCAGCUGCUCCUGAGGCAGCUGGCGUGUUUGCAUUGGCUUUGGAGGCUAACGUGGAUCUGACCUGGCGAGACAUGCAACAUCUGACAGUGCUCACCUCCAAGCGGAACCAGCUUCACGAUGAGGUUCAUCAGUGGCGACGGAAUGGGGUUGGCCUGGAAUUCAAUCACCUCUUUGGCUACGGAGUCCUUGAUGCAGGUGCCAUGGUGAAAAUGGCUAAAGACUGGAAAACUGUCCCAGAGAGAUUCCACUGUGUGGGAGGCUCGGUGCAGAACCCUGAGAAAAUACCACCCACCGGCAAGUUGGUACUGACCCUCCAAACAAAUGCAUGUGAGGGGAAAGAAAACUUCGUCCGCUACCUCGAGCAUGUCCAAGCUGUCAUCACAGUCAACGCAACCAGGAGAGGAGACCUGAACAUCAACAUGACCUCCCCGAUGGGCACCAAGUCCAUUUUGCUAAGCCGGCGUCCAAGAGACGACGACUCCAAGGUGGGCUUUGACAAGUGGCCUUUCAUGACCACCCACACCUGGGGGGAGGAUGCCCGAGGGACCUGGACCCUGGAGCUGGGGUUUGUGGGCAGUGCACCACAGAAGGGCUUGCUGAAGGAAUGGACCCUCAUGCUACAUGGCACCCAGAGUGCCCCAUACAUCGAUCAGGUGGUGAGGGAUUACCAAUCGAAGUUGGCCAUGUCCAAGAAGCAAGAGCUGGAGGAAGAGCUGGAUGAAGCUGUGGAGAGAAGUCUGCAAAGUAUCCUGAGAAAGAACUAGGGCCACGCUUCCGCCUCCAUCUCCCCUUCCUCCCUGUCUCUGCCUCUCCUUGGUCCACAGUUCUGGCAGCCACCAGCCACCCAGCAAUUCCUGUUACCCUCACACAAGCAGUCCCAGCCUGGUCUGAAGCUUUGCUUGCUCUCAAUGAUUAUUUUCACUACAAUGGAAGCAAUCAUUUUUAUUCUGUAGCCCAAAUAUAGCGUUCCUACC